CGCAACUCUAAUGUCUCUUUCCUGAGCAUUCCGUGUUUUUCAGCCAUUACCCCGCCUAACAAAACUUGGUCGGCGGUUGUAACCGUAACCGAUUUCACUAAUCCACUCCCCAAGUCCCCAGUUCCCCCUCUGCAAUUCAUCUUCUUCCUCCAGAGCAGUCCUCUAAUGGCGGCGAUCUCUCACUGCAGAAAAAUCUUUCGAUUCAACCGCAUCCACUUCUUCCAAACAUCAGCAGCUGCUGCCGACGCUAAAGAAACCGGUCUCUACGGUUUUCCUCAUCUCAAAACCCCCAAUGGUUUCCAACGUUUCGUCGAUGACGCUAUCGAAAGGGCAGGAGAGCUCGUUAAUCACAUUUCUACUAUGCCUUCUUCCGCUGAAAUUAUUCGUGCUAUGGAUGAAAUUUCCGAUACUGUUUGUUCAGUGGUGGAUUCAGCUGAGUUAUGUAGACACACUCACCCUAAUAGGGAAUUUGUGGAGCAAGCUAAUGUUGCAUCCAUGAGAAUGGAUGAAUAUCUACAUUUUUUGAAUACAAAUCACAAUCUGUAUAAUGCUGUGAUGAAAGCUGAGCUAGAAGGCAACGUCGUCAACAAAGAAACCCAAAGGGCAGCUCAUUAUCUACGGGUUGAUUUUGAGAAGGGAGGCAUCCAUCUCUGUGAUGACAAACUAGAACGAGUUAAUCAGCUCAAUAUGGAUAUUGCACAACUAUGCCGCAAGUUCAAUGCAAACAUUGCGGAUGACCCUGGUUAUGUAGACAUACAUCCUGCAAUUCGUAUUCCAAAACGUAUGCGCCAUAUCGGUAUGCCUAUAUGUUGUCCUGCUGGAUCAUCAACAAAGGGAUGUCGAUUGGCUACAGAUCCCGUAUCUCUAAUUUCUAUUCUACAGUUGGUGUCAGAUGCAGAGGUGCGAAAACUUGCAUAUAUUCAAGGGAACUCUGUACCUCAUGCAAAUCUCGAUGUACUUGACAAACUAAUAGCUGCUCGUCAUGAACUGGCACAGAUAAUGGGUUACAAGUCUUAUGCUGAAUUUUCAGCAAGCCCAAACAUGGCAUCAUCAGUAGAUGUCGUAAUGUCCUUUCUUCAUGAGUUGAGUAGUAUGGUCAAGCCCAAAGCUGAUGAGGAAUUUGUAAAACUAAGGGAUUACAAGCGAAGACAGAUGGGACAAAUAUUUACGGACCUGGAGCCUUGGGAUGAGACAUACUACUCUGCUAUGUUAAAGGGUUCCAACUUUGACUUGGAUUCUUCAGUAAUUGCUUCCUACUUUCCUCUGCCACAAUGUAUUGAAGGCUUAAAAUUGCUGGUGGAGUCAUUGUUUGGUGCAACGUUUCGUAAUAUCCCUCUUGCUCCAGGUGAAUCAUGGCACCCAGAUGUUCUUAAAAUGUCACUUCACCAUCCUGAAGAGGGUGAUUUGGGAUACCUGUACCUCGACUUGUAUUCAAGAAAGGACAAAUAUCCUGGCUGUGCUCACUUUGCCAUUAAAGGGGGUCGGCGCAUUUCAGAAGCAGAAUACCAACUUCCAGUUGUCGCUCUUGUCUGCAAUUUUUCCAAUAAUCCAUCAACGGUGAGGCUUAACCAUGGAGAAGUAGAAACACUAUUCCAUGAAUUUGGACAUGCUCUGCAUUCACUCUUGUCAAGAACGGAAUACCAACAUUUUUCGGGAACCAGAGUCGCACUGGAUUUGGCUGAAACUCCUUCAAAUCUUUUUGAGUACUAUGCUUGGGAUUACCGAGUUCUGAAGACAUUUGCUAAACACUAUUUAACUGGGGAAACCAUACCUAAAAAAUUGGUGGAUUCAAUGCGAGGUGCCAAAAAGAUGUUUGCUGCUACUGAAUUGCAGAGGCAGAUCUUUUAUGCGAUGAUUGAUCAAAAGCUUUUUGGGGAACAAGAUUCUCCUCCGAGAGAUACCAUUUCAAUUGUAUCAGAUUUGAAAAGACAAUACACAAGUUAUAAGCAAGUUGAAGGAACACACUGGCACACCCGUUUUAGUCACUUGCUGAACUAUGGUGGAGGAUACUACAGCUAUUUGUAUGCUAAGUGUCUUGCUGCAGCCAUAUGGAAAAACGUGUGCGAAGAAGAUCCCCUCUCACUAAAAACCGGGACCGCCCUUCGAACGAAGUUUUUGCAACAUGGGGGUGCCGUAGAGCCAGUUGAGUUACUGAUUGAUUUAGCUGGGGAAGGCAGUAUAAGAUACUCAAAUGGAGGUGUGAUCCCUGACAUAAAAGCACUCUCUGAAGAGAUGAAUAUACCCUAAUAUACUCUGAAAUUCUGAAUUGUGAGAAUCUCCAUAUCUUUGAUAGACUUGUAGAAUAGAGGAGAGAGAUUAUAUGGUACUGUUGUUUGGGAAUUGUUUGGUGGAAGAUCCCCAAUUGGUGGAAGAUGCAGGAUGAUCAUUCUUUGUAAAGGUGGUGGGAAAAGAACCGACAUUGGCUAGUUCAGGGAACAAAGCUUAGGGCGUAUACAGCCAUGACUCGUGAGGCUAUAGUGGUGUAUUCUGUGAACCAAAUUAUUUGCUAAUGUAUAGCCAUAAGGCUAUAUUAGUGUAUUCUGCGAACCAAAUUAUUGCUAAUGUACAUCCAUGAGGCUAUAUUAGUGUAUUCUGUGAACCAAAUUAGCCAUGAUGAGGCUAUAGUGGUGUAUUCUGUGAACCAGAUUAUGCUAAUGUACAGCCAUGAGGCUAUAUUAGUGUAAUUCUGUGAAUCAAAUUAGUGCUAAUGUACAGCCAUGAGGCUAUAUUAGUGUAUGCUGUGAACCAAAUUAGUGCUAAUGUACAACUAUGAGGCUAUAGUGUUGUAUUUACCAGGCAAGUUCAGUCACCUGCAUAGAAGAUGUGUCAAGGAUCUCCGGAAGGCGUUGCUAAAGCGAUUAUGGAGUAUAAACUGUGUUAAGACUGCAAUUUCUUUUUCAAUUACUGUCUAUAUACAGGAUUCUAAUAUGAAUACACAAAUUGUAUUGUUUUUUUUGUUUUUUGGUAGAAAUAUUGUAUUGUUUUGUCAGUUGGGAUGUCAAGAAAAAUUACAUGCAUGAUUUGAGACA